AAUGGCCCGUCUGACGACGCUGCGACUGGUCUGUCCGGCGCCGCCGCAACUUCGGCAGCUGCAACUGGCUUGUCUGACAUCGCCACAACGGGUCCAUCUGACGACGCAACUUGCAGGGCAACUGGCCCGUCCGACGACGACGCAACUUCGGCAGCGGCAACUGGCCCGUCCGACGACGAUGCAACUUCGGUAGCUGCAACUGGCCCGUCCGACGACGAUGCAACUUCGGUAGCUGCAACUGGCCCGUCCGACGACGAUGCAACUUCGGUAACGGCAAUUGGCCCGUCCGACAACGAUGCAACUUCGGCAGCGGCAACUGGCCCGUCCGACGACGAUGCAACUUCGGCAGCGGCAACUGGCCCUGCGGCAACUGGCCGGUCCGACAACGAUGCAACUUCGGCAGCGGCAACUGGCCCCGACGACGAUGCAACUUCGGCAGCGGCAACUGGCCCGUGCGGCAACUGGCCGGUCCGACACAACGAUGCAACUUCGGCAGCGGCAACUGCCCGUCGACAACGAUGCAACUUCGGCAGCGGGCAACUGGCCCGUCCAACGACCGAUGCAACUUCGCGUAGCGCAACUGGCCCGCCCGACACGAUGCAACUCGGUAGCUGCAACUGCUUGUCUGACAUCGCCAUAACUGGCCCGUCCGACGAUGCAACUUCGGCAGCGGCAACUGGCCCGUCCGACGACGAUGCAACUUCGGUAGCUGCAACUGGCCCGUCCGACGACGAUGCAACUUCGGUAGCUGCAACUGGCUUGUCAGACAUCGCCACAACUGGCCCGUCCGACGAUGCAACUUCGGCAGCGGCAAUUGGCCCGUCCGACAACGAUGCAACUCGGCAGCGCGCAACUGGCCCGUGCGGCAACUGGCCGGUCCGACAACGAUGCAACUUCGCAGCGGCAAACUGCCCGUCCGACGACGAUGCAACUUCGGCAGCGGCAACUGGCCCUGCGGCAACUGGCCGGUCCGACAACGAUGCAACUUCGGCAGCGGCAACUGGCCCGUCCGACAACGAUGCAACUUCGGUAGCUGCAACUGGCCCGUCCGACGAUGCAACUCCGGCAGCGGCAAUUGGCCCGUCCGACAACGAUGCAACUUAG